AUGGCGUCCUGGGGCGGGCAGCCCACCGGGGCCCCUCCGUCUCCGGGACCCGGGGGCCUCGAGGCCUGCAGCGACUCUUCCGGGUUUGACGUCCUGGCGGGUUUUGAGGACCCGGCUCCCGGCUCGGGGCCUGACCAGAGCCCCCCCUCCUCGGAGGACUCCCUGCCCAGGAACGUGGCUAGCGAGAGAUCCCGCAGGAAACGGAUCGCCACGAGCUGCGAGCGGCUUCGGGCCCUGCUGCCCCAGUUCAGCGACCGGCGGGAGGACAUGGCCUCAGUGCUGGAGAUGGCCGUGCAGUUCCUCCAGCUCGCCCACACCCUGGUGCCUGGUUGGGAGCAGCUCACUGUUCCCACUCCCACCAAGGAGUCGUGGCACGCGUGGCAGGAGGAAGUUCUGCACCUGACCCUGGCCAGUCAGGUUCCAGACAGCAAACGGAACAGGCGGGGCAGAGCUGUGAAGCGGGAGCCCCGACGUGCACCGAGGAACGUGGAGAAGACAGAGGCGGCCGCCGCGCUGCCUGAGAGGCCGCAGGGUGCCGAUGUCCUGGCCACACUGCCGGAGAGGCCGCCCUCCCUCCCGGAGCCUCACAGCCCCGAUUCCGAACUCCUACCCUGGCCUGUGCACUCCUGGCCGCUGGGCUCUCCUGGGAUUGGCGAGGAGGACUUCCUUGGGCUGCCCCCGUUGGCGAGGGACACUGAAUCUCCCAGUGGGCUGGCGGAGGAGGCCGGGGAGGGCUCGGCCCUCAUGGCUGAUGCGAGGUCUCUGCCAGGGUCAGGCCUGGAGGACGGGCGGGCUUUUCUGAUGACCGCCAGUGCUGGCUGGUGGCAGGGAACCGUAGAGGGAGAUGGAGGCGCAAGCCCAGCUAGGGGCAGUCCAGCGGACCAGGCCGAGCUGGGCAUCCUGGGGGAUCCCGAGCCUGGCUCCCCAGAGCUCCCGGACGGCUCCCUGGAGCUGUGGAGCUCGGACCUGGGCAGCUGGGAGUCUGAGCUGAGGGAUGAAGCCGACGCCAUCUUCCCCGACUUCUUCACCUAG